ACGCAAGCUCGCCCUUCGCCAGAGCCUGCCUGAAGAAACAACAUCAGCACCGCACCGCAGCCCGCUAAAUUUCUGCCACUACGAACUCUCGAUCCCGCGUUUUUCACAUCAACAACAUCAAUCGACAUUUCGACCGAUCGGCUACCGCGUUCGAACCCGUAUUGAUUCAUCCCCAAAUUUUUGAUACUUUUAUCUUACGACUUUUUUUUUACGCGAUCAUAUCGACAAUGCCUGGUGGAAAGGGAAAGUCUUCUGGUGGAAAGAGCUCCGGCGGCAAGACGAGCGCUGCUGAGGGCACCAAGAAGCAGCAGAGCCACUCUGCUCGUGCUGGUCUUCAGUUCCCCUGCGGUCGUGUCAAGCGUUUCCUCAAGCAGAAUACCCAGCAGAAGAUGCGUGUGGGAGCCAAGGCUGCCGUGUACGUUACAGCUGUUCUGGAGUACCUGACUGCCGAAGUCCUCGAGUUGGCAGGCAACGCUGCAAAGGAUCUCAAGGUGAAGCGUAUCACGCCCCGCCACCUCCAGCUUGCAAUUCGUGGUGACGAAGAGCUCGACACUCUGAUCCGUGCGACGAUCGCCUACGGUGGUGUCCUGCCACACAUCAACCGCGCCCUGCUGCUCAAAGUUGAGCAGAAGAAGAAAGCCAAGGCACUUGAAGGCUAGAGACAUAUCGUUUAGGGCUUUAUUUUGCUUUUAUUCUUCAGGACUUGCGGUAAACCGGUAUAUGGGAUGGUAAUGCAGAAAUGCUUGAAUUCGAAUUCGAUGGGGGCGUCGCGUCGAGAAAUGAGCGGACGUCCGCACGACCACAGCUUGGAUAGCUGAGGGCGCCUGCGCUUUCAAUAGGCACACGACGAGCUCUCGGGUCGGCUCCAGAAGCCGGUACCCGACGACGAGAGGGUUCACGUUAUGACGAAAUGCCCUGUGCUAUUUGACUUGCGCGAGCUGUGUACAACAGUUGUGUUUUCACCUUGGUGUCUGGUCUGGUAUGAGAUGCGACACGGAACCGCUGUGCUGAUGGACUGGAUUAGGUAGACACGGAAAUACGAGUUCCUGGUUAGUCAUCGAAAG